GAUUAUUUGAAAGAAAGUUUUGCAAACUUAAUUUCAAGAAAAGAGGCUUUGAGCCGCUGUCUUGUACUUUGGUCCUUUAAAUUUCAACAAAGAGAAAACACAAUAAAAAUUAUACACGUGCGAUAUGCACAAUUGUUUGAAAAAGUCACUCGUGCGAAAAGUUUGAUUGUACAGCUGAAGACAACACUUUUGACGGUUCUUAAGAAUUUAUAUGAAAGAUGGCAAUUGAAAUCAAGUUGGUGUUUAAAAAAGUCAAAGGAUCUUAAGCAGAAAAACCUUCUCUUGACACUUGUCAGCGAGAGGUUAAUUGGAUUGUCCAAAGAAUUUUACAGCCAAGACUAUAAAUUUAAUCAGUUAAAAACUGAAACCGAAAGACAGAAGAAAGCUAUACAACAGCGAGAUUUAACUUUGGAAGUCAAUAUAAAGGAAAAAAAUAUGAUGUUUCAUACCCAACAUAACCUUGAGCAGAAAGUGAAGGAACUCAACGAUAAAAUGAAGCAAGUUUGUGAAGAGAAUGAUUGUAAAGUACAACAAUUAAAAGAGCAGGGCAUAAAGCUGGAAGAAUUGACUGUUCUUCUUGAGCUUAGAGAAGAGGAACUAAGUAAAUUGAAAAUUUCUUACUCAGACCUUGAAAAAAAUUGCAAUGCUGAUCGCAAAGAAUUAAACAAUGUUUUACGAGAUAACAAAAUACUAACUAGAAAUAUAAAGGAGAUUGAAUUAAAUAAUUCCAAUGAGAUAAGCUCUUUCAGUAAGGAAAAAUUGAUGCUAGAAGACAAAGUCAAAGAGCUAGAGAAGCUAAAUAAUAAUUUGGAAACUCGCCUUAGAGAUCUGCUGGCUGUGGAUCAGGAGAAGACACUUUCCUUAUCAGUUCUGGAAAAAAAGAUUUCGGACAUGAACAUUGAAAGAGAAGCUCUCAUGCAUAAAUUGGAUGAAUACCAAAUUUCCUCUAGAGAAAACAAAGAAGAAGUUAACAAACUGAAAAGUAAACUUAAUUCGCUUCAAGCCGAAAGGUUUAAAGAAGAAAAGAUGGAAAAUACUGCAUUACACACCACAAUCACCGAGUUGGAGGGUAAGUUAUCAGAGUACAGGAUUCAAAUUCGUGAACAGGAGUUCGUUGUUGCUCAAAAACAAAAUGAACUAUCAAAGAAAAACCAAGAAAUUUAUGAAUUAACAAAAGAAAAAGAAGCCUUGCAAAGACCUUGCACUAGUAGAGAAGUAACAAUUGAUAGUGAACUUGGUUUAUUAAAAGUGGAGAAUGAGUGUCUUAAGGAUCAACUUGUAAAAAUUUCUUUGGAAAAAAAGUUUGAAGACUACAACACUUUCGACAAAAGUUACCAAGAAGAACGUCAUGAAGGAAGACCGAGAGAUUUAAAGGGCUCUUCGGUGGGUGAUGUAUUUCAAGAACACAAACCUCUCAACAAGGGCUUGGAUUUGAUCGAAGAAAAGGUUAUGAAUCCGCCUUUACGAAUUAACCAAGGGCUAUUAAACUCCGAUGUCAUAACCCUAUCAACUUUAAAGAGCGAGAAUAAAAGUGAAAGUAAAAACCUUGUGCACAAAAGACCUGGGAGGUGGUACUUCUUCCACUUUUUAACUUUUAGCUUAUAGUAAUCAAAAUUAUGUACUACAGGCCUGGAAGGUAUACACUUUAUCUUUUAUUGCGUAUAGAGUUAAA